AGAAAGUUUUUGUUAGCCUUGACCUUGCCUAAGGUUUCUUGCCUUGUCCAAACCGAAAAGCAGGCUUUCAACGAAUUCUGACCAUGUCAGUUCUAGGAAAUCUGCUGAAAGGAGUUUUAAAAUUCUCAAAAAAUGUUCAGCCAUCGUUAGUGAAACGUCUUGCAGAACUUCAGAAACAACCACAGACGAAAGCUGUUAUGUUCUCAUGUAUGGAUAGUCGCGUCCUGACGUCCGAUAUUAUGCAAACCGAACCUGGCGAUAUGUUCAUUAUCCGAAACGCCGGAAACUUUAUACCAAAAGGAGAAGGAGCUGAGUCGUCCACUGAAGGUGGAGCGCUGGAGUUGGGGUGCGUUAUAAACAAAAUUCGUCAUGUUAUAGUCUGUGGUCAUUCAGAUUGUAAGGCAAUGCACGCGCUAUAUGGAAUGAGGGAUAUAAUCAAUGAACCAAAGAAGGAAUCUCCUUUAACCUCUUGGAUACAAAAGUGUGGGAAGCCUACUCUUAAGAAAUUUGGCGAACUAGAGAAAUCCGAUGGUCGUGGACCAAUAUCAUUCUCAGAAGAAUUAAAGCCAUUCACCGCUAAAAUAGAUACAUCAUUUUCGACUGUCGAUCGUUUAUCAAUGGUGAAUACUUUACAACAAAUAAGUCAUAUAUCAGCUUUUCCAAUAAUCAAGAAAAGCUUAGAGGAAGGUCAUAUUAAGAUUCACGCACUGUGGUUCAAUACUUUCACUGGAGAUGUCCUUAUGUUUAGCAGACAAAAAGGAGAAUUUAUAAACAUAACCGAAGAUACCUAUUUAGAUUUGGCACAAGAUGGAGAAUCGUAUUAA